CCACGAUUUGAAACUGCCUCUCAAACCUUUCCGAUGACGUAGGAGUUGUUGUUUGGAGGAGCACGUGUGGCGCACGUUGGAACGAGUGCUUGUGCCGUGUUAUGGUCUCUGCUGGUACCGCUUGUGCGUUGCUUCGAGUUCGGUCGUUCGGUGUGAGCCUCAGUUAGAGAUAGCACAACAUGAGCCAUAUAUUAGUUAAAUGGGUGUCGUCGUCACAGUGGGAUGUGUACAACGUCCGAGCCAUUGUGGACACCAGUGUAAGCCUGCAACUGCUGAUGGACGCAAAUGCCAUUGUAAAUUUGCGCGGCACCGUAGUAGCCGUAAAUUGGAACGAGGGCGAGCCGGCGGCAGACGCCGAGUUGCUGGACUUCGGGUUAGAAAGGACAAUGGAGCGCCGGCGAACAAGGCUGGUGCGGUUGGCGAGCACGGCUUUGGACAGUGCCAAGGAGGUGCCUUCAGAGGAGAAUGCGCCGUACGAGGUGAAUUCUGUGUUAACACUUUAAUUGCCGUGCGGGCCAAGCACGACCAGCGC